CUCAGUUUACCUGUUAUUCGUUGAAACAAUUUGGAGAUCAACUAAAUUCAGUUAAUGUUGAUACUGGAUAUAUUGAAAUUAUAUAGCUAAUUAAAGGUAUGAAGUAGUAGUAAAUUCGUAAUUCAUUAGAUAGCCCGCUAAUAAAUCUGCAAUAACGUUAGCGACGGAUUUUUUCCACAAUCUUUGCUCAUUUUGCGUUACCACUGGUGACAAGGUGACGCUCUAACGAGAUUUAUACAAAACCAGCUAGCUCUGGAAGUGAUAUUAAUUUGGCUAGCUACACGACCAAACAAAAUAUAUGACCAUUGAAGAGCAUGCUACCUGCGCGCGUCUCAGAGAGGAGGAGUGGCCUGACGUCUCGCAGUGGGAAAAGGUCUUUGUUGGAUGAUGACUUCUUCAGCAAGCUGGCACAAGAGGCUGAAAAAGAGGAAGAGGGGUCUGAUGUUUCUGAUGCUGAUCCUAUGGCCUUGCUCGAGAGUAUGAAGGAUACAGAUGACAUGGAUGCUGAUCUCUUCGGGUCAAAGAAGAAGACAAACAGCACAGCAGCUCCAACACAGGCUAAGAGUUAUGGGGACAGAGAUCCAAAAAUAGAACAGAAGACUAAAUCUCCAGAAAUAGUGCCCCCUGUAAGACCGCAAAAGCGUGAUGAACUGACAUUCGAUGAUGAAGAGGAUGAUCUAAUGGACGCUCUGGGCUUUGGAGAGAGUCCUCCUAAGAAAAAGGGAGGGACAUCUGCAGGACAGAGGGAGAGUAACACAGCACAGACCAGACUGGAUGAGAUCCUGUUCCCAGGAAAGUCUGCCCUUCCUGAGUGCCCCCCAGCCCAGGAGAAGGACCUUCCGGAAAAGAACGCCCCAGCUAAAGACCCAGUUGCCGCUGAGGAUGACUUCAUGUUUGGCUCAUACCAGCCCACGCUGGCCUCCUCCCAGGAAGGCCGGGAGUCUCGCAGGCAGUCAGUCCGAUUCUCGAUGGAGGAUAUUAGCAGCCCGUCGCCAGAAAGGAAACAGUCCUCCGCCGCCACAGCCCCGCCCACUGUGGCUCGCCCCAGCAGGUCUGCGGCCGAUUGGCUGGGGCUGAAGCAGGAAGACCAGGAGGUGAAGACAGAGGAGCUCUUGCCAGUGAAGGACAACCCAAAGCCCCGCCCCGCUUCUCCUGGCUACUCAGCGGGAAGCAAGCCCCCCUCUUCAGGCUCCUCCUCAGGCGCAAAGCCUUCUGAGACCCCCACCAAUCCUCCCAAAACUGCCAAUCCCCACCAAUCCUCUGUAGCCAGUCCAGCUGGCCCUGCCCAGAAAGGUGAAGAUGAUUGGCUAGCAGGGGCUCUGACCCGGAAGAAAAACAGAGUGGCAGCCAAUCCCGAGGAGAAGCAGGCAGGGCAGCCAGAAGCCCUGGGGUUUGGAGAGGAAGUGGACGUGGACUCAUUUCUCAGUAAACAAAAUUCACCUGCUUCUAGAAGAAAAUCAGAUGACACACCAGCUUCAAGCAAGGAGCCCCGAAUUUCUCAGUUGCCCCAAGAGAACCUGCGUAGGAUGGCCACGCCCCCUCACCAUUCAGACCCAGUGAAAGAGCAAAGAGGCAAAGAGGACCAGCCCACGCCUGCGAUGUCAUCUCACCUUCCUCAGCAGACAUACAUGGAGAAUAUUUCAACUGCUGUCCAAUCUCAGCUGACACAGCCGGGCCUCGGGGGCACACAGAGCUCUGUGGAGACGACGGCUCUGUGGACACAAAGAGGAGACACACAGCACAGGUCUAGAGAACUGGCCUCACAAGCUCACCUUAUCCAGCUGGAAACACAGAUGCGCAGCCUGCAGCUGGAGCGGGAUCAGGCUCAGACUCUGCUAAAGACGGUCCAGCGCAGGCACACACAGGACAUGGAGCUCCUGGAGGCCAAGCACAGGGCCAGUGUGAAGCUGCUGGAGGACGCGCUGGCGGAGAAAGAGGCGAGGAGGCAGCAGGAGAGCGAGGAGCUGAUGGAGCGCCUGGCCACCACCACGCGGCAGGCGGAGCAGGAGCGCCUGGAGCAGCAGGCCCAGUACCAGCGGCGCCUCGCUCAGAUACAGCAGGACCGAGACGGCGAGGUCAAACGCCUGCAGGAGCUGCAGAGGAAAUCUAUAUUGGAGGUGAAGAGAGAUCAUGAAGAGCAGGUUCAGAGACUGAAGAGACUGAAGGAUGAGGAGAUUGAUGCUGUGACCAGUGCUACAUCCCAGACCAGGUCUGUGAGCGUGGUUAUGGAGCAGAUGGACCACAUCUCACGCAGACUCGGCGAUCUCUCAUCCCGCAUGGAGAGCUCCCAGGAGCACAGCGCCCAGGAGCUGGAACAGGGCGAGCGACAGAGGAGAGAGCAGCUCAGAGUCCUGCAGGAGCACUUGAGCCAGCAGGAGAGGUCGAUGGUGGAGGAACGGUCGCGCCUGAAGGAGGUCAUCGCUAAGAUGGAGGCACAGCUGGCCGAGCAGCAGAGACAGCUGGAGAAGGAACGUUGGAGAGCGACAGCAGACCAAGCCAAGGCAGAGUCAGCCCAGAGAGCCCUGGAGGAGGAGAGGCGGAGCCUCACACAACACAUCACUAUGGAGAGGGAGGAGCUGGAGAGAGCGAAGAGUGCUCUGUUAGAUGAACAGCAGUCAGUGAUGCAGCACUGUUCAGAGGAGCGCAGGAAGUUGGCGGCUGAGUGGGCGCAGUUCCACGCCCAGGAGAAACAGCGGCAGGAGUGGGCAGAACGGGAGAGCAGACGGGCGCAAGAGAGGGACGCCAACAGGGAGGGCUCCAUUAUCACCAUAGCACAGGAGCAGGCCGACCUGAGGCUGCGCGCGGGGGAGGCGAGGCAGCGCGAGGAGGCCCUGUCCCGGGAGAAGGAGGCGCUGCAGCGGCAGAGAGAGGAGGCGGAGCAGGAGAGGGAGCGUCUGGGCGUGGCCGCGGGCCGCCUGAAGACUCGCGCUCUGGAGCUGGAGGGAUUCAGCAAGCUGGCCUCGGAGAAGUACGAGGAAGGGGAGCGAGCCCUGCAGGAGGCCAGGAGGGUGGAGGCGGAGCACUCGGCACGGCUGGGCACCAUCCACACACAGAUGGAGCGCCUGCGGCAGCAGGAGCAGAGCCUGCACCAGGAGCAGAUGAAGAUAACAGAUCAUCACAGAGAGGCGGGGGGCCUAAGGCAGAACUUCCCCGUCACAACUCUCCCUCUAUCUUCUGCCCCUCUUAUCCCAGCUGACUUUGCUUCAGGGUUUGGCAGCAUUACAGCUCCAGUCCCCAGCUCAGGAUCCACAGAAAUGCAAGCCAAGCUUGCUCUGAUCCGGAAUACUGCACAAAAGGACCGGGAUUUUCUGCAGGAUGAGCAGUUCUUUCUGGAAACACUGAAGAAGGCGCCUUACAAUUCUACCCUCCACACUGCCUGAUGCCACAAGCACCUUGAAGCACCUCCGACAGCAUGAAUUGUGUGCGAAAAGCGUGAAAGUGUCAUUUGCUAUGAGAUGAGGUGGAAUACAGGAAAGGAGAACAUAUUCAAUUAUAUUAAGUUAAAUUCAUUUUAUUUGUAUAGUGCUAUUUACAGAGACACUGUUGCAAGGAUUUACAUAGAAAACAAAGGAAAAUCGGUCAAAUGCCAGGCCUUGGGAAGAUAAACACUCAAAUUGUGAUGAGAAAACAGUACUCAGGAGGAACUCUACAGAGCAGGAACCCACUCUCCUGGCCAGCCCAAUUAAAUAUUUAAAUAUUAAACUUUUUAGAUUUAAAUGUUUGCAUUCAAAAGUGCAUCUGAAAUCGCUAAAACAACUACCACUAACAAACGGCUGUCGUUAUUAGUGCGAUUGCGAAACAAUCCACCGAUUUGCUGUGAUGUCACAAUAGCCUCUGCCUUCUAGCACAGCUCAAAAACACUCAAAUAACUUUAUUAGGUACACCUAUACAUCAGCUUGUAAAUUGAAAUAUUUAAUUGGCAGUAGUAGCAACAGUCCACUUAUUUGCCGCAUUUUCUUGAGGAAAUGCACUUCUAGUUAUUGUGAUUGCGAAGCAAUACACUAUUAUUAUCCGAAUUUUUUAUUUAUUAUUCCGCCGGUUUUUUGCCCGCCUACUCCUCCCACUCCACCCAACCAACUGGAAAAUGUCCGGCUUGGUUCCGAAUGGUGUGCUUGUUCAUAGCAUUAAUUUCUGAGAUAUUGAAGGUUUUCCAAGUCCCAUAUGAAUGAAUAGAAGAAUGUUCAGUUUCUACAGUGGUGACUGAGAAUUUCAAGUUUUUUUACAUGUUGUUUAAACUGCCAUUGCUCUCUCAUUUUUUACAAUACAUACAUAUGUUUUACACUAAAAUGUUCAUGUACACUCGGCGACCAUUAUUAUA